GUUGCUUGACUGGGUUUGGAGGGCGGAGGCUGCAACAGGUUGGUCGAGAAACCACUUUCAAUGAACCAUUCAUUCUUCGGCAGACCAGGAGAAGGAAAGAACUAAGAAUCUAUCUGCAUCUGAGAGAAAACGUCCGAGACGAAAACUCGUGGAUAUAAGAGCCAGAAUACGUUUAACGGAAACAGAACGCGGUAGAACGGCAGAGGAGAAAAUACAAAUUUAGACAACGAUCCUCGUCAUCCAGGAAGAAGGAAGUGGACGACAGGUAGACAGGAGAGGGGAGGAAUAGAGGGGGGGCACUUGCGAACGCUUCGGGGGCCCAUCUGAACUUUGUGGUUCAUAUCAUCAUGAAGGUGUCUGCUGUGAUAAUAGUAAUUUCUGUGACGAUCAGCAUAACUUUGGCAGUGUUCAUGUACUUGAAGAGGAAUGAGGAGGAGAAUAUCGUUAAGAAAGCCACCUUCAUGGACAUAAAGGUUCGAGUGACACAUGAUGUGCUGGGAGAGUACCAAAGUGAGGCGGAGAAGCUGCAGAAGAGCCUGGAUGAGGGCACCAAGGAGCUGGAAGCAUUGAACUUGGCUCUAAACACUGGUCAGACUGAAGCCAAGGAGAAAAAUGCUGAACUGCAAGCUUGCCAGAAUGAUUUGAAAAAAAUUAAAGAUGAAACUGUUGCUACAGAGAAGGACAUGAAAUCUGAUAAACUUGUGAAGGAAAAGGCCAGCUGGUCCAAGGAGAUUGCUGACCUCGAAAAGCAACUGGAGCAGAAGAGCAAAGUUUGUGACUUUGUGAAGAAGGAUUCAGCAGAGGGCAUGAAACUGUGUGGAAACCCAAUUCCAGAACCCGCCAAACAAGAAGCCCCAAAAGCAGAAGCCCCAAAAGCAGAGGCCCCAAAAGCAGAAGCCCCAAAAGCAGUGGCCCCAAAAGCAGAAGCCCCAAAAGCAGAGGCCCCAAAAGCAGAAGCCCCAAAAGCAGAGGCCCCAAAAGCAGAGGCCCCAAAAGCAGUGGCCCCAAAGCCAAAAUAGAAAUAACCACCCAAUCAAAAAACAAAACGCCCAGGCAAACAGGGAUGGACACAGACAGAGGGAAAAGACAAAGAGAAGCAAACAAGGGGAUGAAAACCUUCAGCAGGACAUUUGUUUCCCUUUCUCUCCUCUGCAUUCUUUUUCACCAUAGCAAUUUUUUUCUCCACCUCUGUACUGAAAGUUUUGUGAACAAUGAAAAAAGAAAAUCACUGAAAGAAAUAAUGUCACACACAUAAAAAAGUAUAACACCUAAAUGUUAUACAGUCUAUAAACAGCCUGCAUAACUGAUAAUACAUAAUGCAUAUCUGUAGCAAACUUAACGCUGUUAGCUUUAACUAUAUACAUUUAUAUUUCAACAGUAAAAUGAUGACAUGUGUUGUGCUCCAAGCUCAAUCGCCAGAGUGUGCACAUAAAUAUUAGACCUCUUGGGACUGAGAAAAAUAAGGCAUUCUUUUUUUGGGGAAGCCAUAUAAUUUCCUUGUACAGUGGUCCACCCUCCUUUAUGGUUUGUUAUAUUUGAGUGGGGGAAAGGGGGAGGAGUUGUCCAUGAUGUAACCAAUUUUUUGUUUUACACAUA